UCACCGGUGGGGGGGUAGCAGGCGGAAGCCCGAGUAUGUUGACAGCUACUAGCUAGCAGGUUUACAUUUUAGCUUGUUUCAUAAAAACGCACCUGCCGCGGCUGGACUCGAAGGCACUCAAAACAACAAAUGAUAUGAAAGACAUGCCUUAAUGUAUUUCAUACCAGAGCCCAACGUUGGGGAGACACAUUCAUGCGCCAGCAAGAUGCAGCAUGCUGGAAGUAUGCGACCUUUAAUUAGAAGAGAUGCAGGCGUUUGGAAUCAAACAAAAAGUCUUCUCUACAAGAAUGUACUGAUCAAAUGGAGGACCAAGCAACAGAGCUUGCAGGAGCUGAUCCUGCCCCUGCUGCUCCUGGGUCUCCUGAUCCUCAUCAGUACUCUCAACCCCCAUGUCUACUACGGGGGCAUCAGCACCAUGGUGCUGGAGAAGGAGGAUGACAACCACAUCAUCAGCGUCCUGGGUUACACCCCCAUCACCAACGUCACCAACCACAUCAUGGAAGAGGUGGCCCAGGAGAUGCGCAUGCAGGACCACCUGGAGAUGUUCUCCAGCGAGGAGGACCUGGAGAACGCCAGUCUGUACGAGCCGUCGGGCUACGUCGGGGUGGUGUUCCUGGACAGCUCUGCCACCUCAUACAGACUACGUUUCCCCUAUAGCCACUUGCCCCUUCCCAGCGACUACACCGAGUCGAUCGCCAACUGUUUUGCCACGUCAGUGAACUGCAGAGCAGCUGAUUACUGGCACUCAGGCUUCGUGCGGCUCCAGUCUCUUAUCGACGCUGCCAUCAUUCAGGUGCGGACCAAGCGGCAGGUGUGGAGUGAGAUGGACAUGCGUGUGGUGAUGAUGGGCCAGCCCGGCUCAGUGGAGGUGCAGAAGUUUCCUCACGCGCUCAUCUCCAUCUACCUGGUCCUGGCCUUCACGCCCUUCGUUACCUUCCUCAUCGUCAACGUGGCGGCUGAGAAGGAGCGCCGCCUCAAAGACACCAUGAGCAUGAUGGGGCUGUACGACUCUGCCUUCUGGUUGUCAUGGGGACUGCUGUACGCCGCUCUGGUUACCACCAUGUCCUUCUUGAUGUCUGUCAUCGCCACGUACACGGCGCUCUUUCCCAACAGUCACUUCCUGGUGGUCUUCCUCCUCAUCUUCCUCUACGGGAUCUCCUCUAUCUUCUUCUCCUUCAUGCUGACUCCCCUGUUUAAGAAGCCCAAGUUUGCCAGCACGGUGGGCUCCAUGCUGACUGUGGUGUUUGGCUGCCUGUCCCUGUUCACCGUGCUGAUGAAGGACUUUCCCCAGCCGCUGGUGUGGGUCAUGUGCCUGCUCUCCCCUAGUGCCUUCUCCAUCGGCAUCGCCCAGGUGGUGUACCUGGAGGCCCAGGGAGAUGGAGCAGUGUUCUCCACCCUGCUGAGCGGCCCCCAUCCCCUCUACGUGCCCCUGCUCAUGCUGGUCCUCGACUGCUUCCUCUACCUGCUGCUGGCGCUCUAUCUGGACCAGGUGCUGCCAGGUGAGUUCGGCAUCAGGCGGUCCCUGCUCUACUUCCUGAAGCCGUCCUAUUGGUCGAAGCGCGGUAAGCGCUACGUGGAGGUGAGCUCGGUGUACGAGAUGGAGGUGAACGGAGCGCCUGGCGUGGACGAACCUGUGGAGCUCGUCUCUCCAGAGUUCAGGGGAAAGGAAGUCAUCCGCAUCAACAACAUCCGUAAGGUCUACAAGGAGAAGGACGGCAUGGUGGAGGCGCUCAGAGGGUUGACCUUUGACAUCUACGAGGGCCAGAUCACCGCCUUGCUGGGGCACAGCGGAGCGGGCAAGUCCACCCUCAUGAACAUCCUGUGUGGCAUCUGCCAGCCCAGCGACGGCUCGGCCACCAUCUACGGCUCCCCGGUGGCCGAGGUGGCGGAGGGCUCGGAGAUGAAGCAGCUGGUGGGUGUCUGCCCUCAGUUCAACAUCAUCUUUGACGUCCUGACUGUGGAGGAGCACCUCAACAUCUUCGCUGCCAUCAAAGGCAUCCCGCCUGCCGACAUCAAAGCCGAGGUGACCAAAGUGUUGAAGGAUCUAGACCUGGAGAAGAUCAUGGAUGCCCAGGCCAAGAAUCUGAGCGGAGGCCAGAAGAGGAAGUUGUCUGUUGGCAUAGCCAUCCUGGGAGACCCCAAGAUCCUGCUCCUGGACGAGCCCACAGCAGGUAUGGACCCCUGCUCCAGACACCAGGUGUGGUCACUGCUGAAGAGUCGCAGAGCUGGCCGGGUCACUGUGCUCAGUACACACUACAUGGACGAGGCUGACAUCCUGGCUGACCGUAAAGCCGUGCUCUCUCAGGGCCAGCUGAAGUGUGUGGGCUCGUCCCUCUACCUCAAGACCAAGUGUGGGGUUGGCUACCACCUGAGGAUGUCGGUCGGUGAUGGAUGCGAGGCGGAUUGUGUUACAUCGCUGGUCAAACAUCACGUCCCCAAGGCGCAGUUGUCACGGCAACAGGAGGCGGAGCUGACUUUCACGCUUCCUUUUGAAAGCAUGGACACCUUUUCAGGUCUGUUCUCUGAGCUUGACUGCAGGCCUGACCUAUGCAUCACCAGCUACGGGGUCUCCAUGACGACGCUGGAGGAUGUGUUUCUGCGUCUGGAGGCGGAGUCUGAGGUGGACCAGGCUGACUACAGUGUAUUCAACCAGGAGCAGGCGGAGGGCGAGGGCGAGGGCGACGCGUCCUCCCUGGAUGACACUGACCAGCGGCUGCUCACCUUCUCAGACAGCCGCCCGGACGCCGUGUCGGGCCCCGCCCUGUGGAGGCAGCAGUUCAGCACGGUGGCCUGGCUGCACAUGCUCAACAUGCAGCGGGAACGCAAGGCCUUCAUCUACACGCUGGCGCUGUUCAUGGUGUUCCUGGCUGCGGUGCUGGUUCUGUCCCUAGCCACGGGAAACAUCCAGAUCCACUCCCCCGACCGUGAGUUCCAGCCCAUCUACCUCCUGAAACGCAACCAGACCCCCAGGAAGUACGUCACCAGCCUGCUGGUCCAGAACUCCUCAGGCUCCGACAUCUCUGACUUCAUCCAUAACCUGGAGUCCCAGAACGUCCAGGUAGAGAUGAUGAUGCAGGCUGACUACAUGGCAGCAGCCCCUCACAGCGCCGCCAUCAGCGUGUCGGGCUCCAGCAAGGGUUUCAGAUACAGCAUAGCGUUCAACAGCACCACGGUCCACUCCCUGCCCAUGGCGGUGAACGUCCUGAGCAACGCCAUCCUGCGCGGCCUCAACGACACCGGGCACAUCCGCACCUGGACCAAGCCCUUCGACUACCAAAUCCCAGACUCCACCUCCUACGCCCUGGUCUACAUCGAGGCCAUCAUCCUGGGCAUGCUGGCUGCCGGCAUGCCAGCCUACUUUGCCAUGGACCACACCCGUGACCGUGAGAUCAAGUGUCGCUCUACGCUGCGUAUCUCAGGCCUGCUCCCGUCUGCCUACUGGUGCGGCCAGGCAGCCGUGGACAUCCCCUUCUACUACCUCAUCCUGUCCUGCAUGACCAGCAUCCUGUUCAGCUUCCACACCGGGAACCUGCUCACCUCCAGGAACCUCACCGCUGUGGUGCUGUGUCUGGUAGGAUUUGGGCCUGCCAUGAUCCUGUUCACCUACGCAGUGUCCUUCAUGUUCACCCGUGUGCAGAGCAACAGAGACUUCUUCUCUGUGGUCUCCAUGAUGGCGUGUGUCGUGUCUGCCUCCAUGGUCCAGCUGUCGUUGGUGAACGACAACUCGGGCCUGACGAGAAUCCUCCACAACACUCUGUGUUUAUUCAACCCCCUGUACCCUCUCAUGGGCUGCCUCAACUGCAUCACCAAGGCCACCUUCCUGCCUUCCCUCUAUGAAGAAGACUUCCUGUGGAAGAACCUCCUCAUCGCGGUGCUGUCACCCUACCUGCAGUGCAUCCUCCUGCUGUUCCUGCUGCGCCACCUGGAGAUACGACACGGAGGGAGGACCAUGAAGAACGACCAGUUCUGCAGGAUCUCCUCUCAGCCCAAGGCCAAGGUGGAGAGGAACCUCGAGGAGGGUCUGAAUGAGGACGAGGAUGUGAAGAUGGAGAAGGCCCGCGUCAAGGAGGCCCUCACCUGCCAGUGUUGUGAGGAGAAGCCGGUGGUGGUGGCCAGCAGCCUGAGGAAGCAGUACAAGUGCAGGAGUGAUGGCCUUUCCCUCAACAAGAAGAGGACGCUGGCCACCAAGAACAUCUCCUUCUGCGUCCGCAAAGGUGAGGUGCUGGGUCUCCUGGGCCCAAACGGAGCAGGGAAGAGCACCAUCAUGCACAUGCUGUCAGGAGACACAGAGCCCACCGCUGGACAGGUCCUGAUGGGGGACUACAGCACAGACUUCCGCCCUGUGGACAACCCCCUGGACCAUGUGGGCUACUGCCCCCAGGUCAGCCCCCUGUGGCCCCGCAUCACCCUGCAGGAGCACCUGGAGAUUUACGCUGCCGUCAAGGGCCUCCACGGCCGCGAUGUACCAGGCAUCAUCCGACGGGUGGUGAACGCCCUGGAGCUCAGAGAGCACCUGAACAAGCAGGCCAAGAACCUGUCAGCAGGCCUCAAGAGGAAGCUGUGCUUUGCCCUAAGCAUGCUGGGAAACCCUCAGAUUGUGCUGCUCGACGAACCCUCCACAGGGAUGGACCCCAAGUCUAAACAACGCAUCUGGAGAGCCAUCCGCGCAGCGUUCAAGAGCCGCCAGCGAGGAGCCGUCCUGACCACACAUUACAUGGAGGAGGCCGAGGCCGUGUGUGACCGGGUCGCCAUCAUGGUGUCUGGUCAGCUCAGGUGCAUCGGCUCCAUCCAGCACCUGAAGAGCAGGUACGGGCGAGGCUACAGCCUGGAGGUGAAGCUGAGAGAGGAGCUGGCAGGUCUCCAGCAGGUAGCGCUGCUGCACCAGGAGAUCCUCCGCAUCUUCCCCCACGCUGCCAGGCAGGAGAGCUUUGCCACUCUGAUGGUUUACAAGAUCCCCAAGGAGGAUGUCCAGUCCCUGGCCAAGUCCUUCUCUCAGUUAGAGAGCGCUAAGCAAACCUUCAACUUUGAAGAGUACAACUUCUCACAGUCGACAUUAGAGCAGGUGUUCAUGGAGUUUGCCAAGGAGCAGGAGAGCGAGGAGGAGGAGGUAGGCUCCCUCAGUACCACCUUCCAGUGGCAGCGCUUGCAUCAGGACGGCCCUGUGCCCGCCAACCACACGGACAGCAUCGUGCACCAGCUGUGAGGGCCCACACCUGGAGUAGGGCCCACCCCUGCCCUGUCUCUCACCUGCCCUGAACACUCCUUCCACCACCACCCUACCCUAGAGAGGCGGCUGGACCCCACCCUCCUCCACCUUCUCCCCCUCGCAUGCAGGACUGUUGAGGGGCUGGAGAGCACCCCACUCAGGGCAGGGGCUGGAGGGUCUCUUGUAUGGCCUCCUUGUCUUUGAGGCUGAGGCGUGUGUGUGUGUGUGUUUACCCUCAUGUACUGGUGCUCUGUGUUCUCUGACCUGCACUGACUCCUGGAGAGACCCUAACCAGACACACCCUCUCUGGAUCCACUCCCUUCUCACUGUUCCCGGCCGCGCUCCACAGACAGACAGCACCGUGUGGACGAUCAGGACAGCCUGGUUGGAUCGUGUCUUCAGACCUUGGUGAAAGUCUCUCCUUCCUUUCAACACUACAUGUUGGGCUCCGUUCACUCCAGUACCAAAGCGGCCCCCGCUCUUCUGCACUGCGCACGCCACACCCCCUGAUCCUACACACACGAGCGCACUGGACCUGUCGUCCCCGACACCUUCUUUUAGUGUCUGUAGCAUGUGAACUAUAUUUGCAUAGCCUGGUAGUUGUUUGUUGUGCUGCCCCCUGCUGGCGAGACCAGUCUGCGCUAUACUGACUGUUCUGGAGGCCUUUUUUCUUCUGUUGUUGUGUAGCAGAGAAACCCAGCGACUUCUCCCCCUGCACUGCCCUCUGAAGGCCGUUAACGGUACUAGCAGAACCCUGGCCCCACACGUUCGCUGGACCAAAAAGGGUUUUAGGUACUGUGUGUCCCCAUGCAGUCUCUCUCUCUGUCUCUCCCUCUCUGUCCCUCUCUCUGUCUCUCUGUCUAUUUUUAUGUCUCUCUCUCUGUCUCUCUCUAGGGUUUCUCUCUAGAGAGAGACAGACAGGCAGACAGAGGGAGACAAACCUCCUCCUAUACACACCAGCAUGCAUGUCAGGUACCAGGCCCAUGUGACCCAGAGGGAGGGGCCUGGGUUGAGUAGCCCAGCAUGCAUGAGAGGACGGGACGAUCCGGCCCUUUGUACUAACUAGACAUCUCGGGUGGCACCUGGACGACAUGAGGGUGAGGGGAGGACUCACACUGCCCCCUCCUGGUAGCUUUCCUCAUCACAGCCUGGGAGAGAGAACUGGGAGAAUGUAGUUUGAAAUAUGCACACACCAAAACAUGUAGCAUACAGACUUUGUGAAACAUUUACUACUGGGUACCGAUCCAAACGUUUGGGGAAAGUUAUUUAGUGUGUCUGAAGUGUUUUGUGUGUUUUUAAGUCGGUGUUCUCCAGUGAAAAUAUCGAAUGUGUGACGCCUAGAUAGAAAGAAGUUUCUCUUCAGAGGUGAAGGCCGUUUCUCCCACUCUGCUCUGGUUUCUCGCUCUCGCUCUGUUGCCAUGUCAACUCACGUGUUUUUCUAUUUAAUAUAUCCCCUUGGUGUGUUUGUUAUGUGGAUUUGAGGUAAAGGGUAGUGUUCUUUUGAGAGGAUGCUUUGUCAGUGCAAACGGCAAAUCGCUAAAUUGUACCUUUUUUUUCUUUCGGCAUUCAAGUGUUUUUUGGGGUAGAAGGAUAUCCAAAGGGUUGAAUCUUUGUUUUUAUUAUAAAGUAGUUCAUCCCAUCCAGUUGCGUCAUAUUUUUAUUAUAUUUUUUGUCAUCUUAUCAUUGUCUCAAAUUAAAAAUAAUUUAUUGUUUAGUUUUUUUUGUACUCCUGACCUGAACACGUUUUAAUGUUGCAUCACUCACUGAUGCCAGAUUUGUUCUCUAGUGCUGCAUCAGUGUCAUACAACUUCAAGCAAGACAUGAUUCCCCCGUGAAAGUGUUUAUUUUCACAAUGUCAUUUUUCUAGAAAGGUGUGGUCCCAACUCCUUCCUUUUGUAAGGAGGCAUUGUCCUGAAUCUGAGUACAAUCCACUCUAUUGAUGUCUUAAGAUUUUUUGAUGUGGAGAGGAGUCUUAAUACUUUUUUUUGUCCAGCCUUGAUUCAGACAUCUGAAUCCAGUAGUGGGUUUAGACAGCAGGUGGCCUUCACUUCUGUUUGACAUGUUUUAAGCUCCAUUUUGGCACGGAUUGUCAUUGAGGAAAAUGCAUCUUGUCCCUUUUGCCUUUGAACAUUUGGACUAAUGUUUCCAUGUUUAUUCACUAGAACUGGAUUCAUACUCUCAAAGGUGGAGUGCAGACGCUUCUAGAUGUUUCUGGUUUUAAAAUUGUUUCAUCAUAAUGUGGAGAUUUGCAAGUAUUUGUUGUGGUCUAGUAUUUGGGGUGUUGAAUAAUGGAACAAUUUACUUGAAAUGGGUGUAGUUUCAUUGAGGUUUGGUAUAUUUUAUGAUUGUUAUCGUUACUAUGACAAUGGAGGGAAAACCCCCCCACCCCCCUAAAAAAGUCAGUUUAACCUGCGAGAGUAUUCAUUGAUUUUUGUUAUUUACGCUUCUGUGUGCUACAAACUAACCUAACAUGUUUGUGGCUGAAGGUUGUUUUAAUCAACAUGUGAGUAAUGAACGUCCCCCACGUGUCAACAGAACAUCUUCAUCUGCGUGAACAUCAUUUCUGCACAUGUAGCCUAAUGCAAGGACGGACAAAUUACAAUGUCUGACGGUUUUGUCCUAUGAAGGAUUAUUUUCAGUGAACUGCUAUCAAAAAAAAAAAUUCCCAAGUGCAAUAUUAAGAUGUGUGUAGUGGUCAUAAGUAUUCUGUUAACUCUUAUGUCAUGGUAUUCUGUUAACUCUUAUGUCAUGGUAUUCUGUUAACUCUUAUGUCAUGGUAUUCUGUUAACUCUUAUGUCAUGGUAUUCUGUUAACUCUUAUGUCAUGGUAUUCUGUUAACUCUUAUGUCAUGGUAUUCUGUUAACUCUUAUGUCAUGGUAUUCUGUUAACUCUUAUGUCAUGGUAUUCUGUUAACUCUUAUGUCAUGGUAUUCUGUUAACUCUUAUGUCAUGGCUAAAUGCAAUAUUGUAUUGUGUGUACAUGGACUUUCAGUACUUGGAGCCACCACCAACAACAACUGAUUAAAUGUGCACUUCUCUGGCAACUUCUUCAUCUUCACGUUCUGUACUCUCCUUUAAACUGCGAUCAAUACAUUGUCAUAGAAAUGCUAUUUGUAAUGAAAACUGAUCAGAUUCUCAAACAGUUUCCGUUUCCCUGGUGGUGGUAUUAUUGCACUAUAUCUGGGAGUUUUAUAUAAUGUAUAUUAUGCAACAUUUGUAAGAUUUUUGUGCACCGAUUUUAUUUUUGAUGACUUUUGUUGAGAUGUUUGUUGUGUUGUGCUCCUAUAAUCAAAGUUAACCCAGUCUGGCUGAAGCACCCUGAUCAUAUUGAAUUAAGACCACUGGAAAUAAAUAUUGAGAAAAGUGAAAGCUAAA